GAUCUCCGAUUCCCGCCGUUUCAUUCACAUCUGCAUUAUCCUCGAUAACACUCGCACGCCUCUUUCACAAGCUUCUUCAUGGCUUGGAAUAAUGUAAAAUUAAAGCAAAGGUACCGAGACGAUUACAUAAUUACGCAAUUACAUAACGUUCCCUCCGGAAGCACCGGCAUUGGCUUUUCAUUCGUUCACUCCAAACAAACCUCAUCUGACUUUCCCGGUGGCGUGGAUCCUGUGUCCGUCAUUUACUGUUCAGAGCUUUCCCAUCAAGUAAGAGUAGGAAGCGCAUUAAAAGCCGUGGUAUCCCUUUUCCCUUGGGACUGAAGACAAGACCAGGAGAGAAGCAGAAGCAGAAACAGAAACAGAAACAGAAAGAGAAAAGUGGAAGAUUUAUAAUGAGAUCUGGAAUUUUAUAAUAAAUAGCAAAGAGGUUGAAGAAAGAAAGAAAGAAAGAAAGAAAGAAAGAAAGAAAAAAAAGAGUCAUUAUCAAACUAUAUUUCUACUCUUUUCCUAUUUCACUCAUCUCAUCUCAUCUCAUCUCAUCCCAUCCCAUCUCUCUCACACUUCACCACACUUUCUUUAUUCUUCCUUUCCUACUUUACACUUCAGCCAUCAUACCACUUUAUUAAAGUCAAGAGCCCAAUCCUACAUUUACAUCAACAUCAACACAUUCCUUUCGUGAGCAACACGAUAACUGCUGCAGCUAUCAAUUCAGCUGCUCAAUCUCCAAUAACUCUUUAAUAAAUACAACACAACACAACACACUUCACGUCAAUCCUCUACCAUCCUCUACAAUCCUCUACAUAAUGGCAAACCUAACCAACCUCUCAAUUAACUCGACGACAACCAUGUCCGACCUUCCGCCGCUUCCUCAGUAUACUCUUACCCCCCUUCAGCCACUGAUUCCAUACAUAUCCGAUUUCUACCUCUCGCUCAUUCUUCCAAUCGCCGCAUACUGGAUCACUUCCUUUGUCUUCCAUGUCAUCGAUACCCUAGAUCUGUGGCCGCAGUAUCGUUUGCACACUCCUGCAGAAAUCCUCAAGAGGAAUCGCGUCUCACGUUACGAAGUUGCUCGCGAUGUAGUCAUUCAACAAAUCAUUCAAACGGUCGUUGGGGCUCUGCUAGGCCUCACCGAACCCGAAGAGAUGGCCGGGAAGACGGAGUUCGAUAUUGCGAAUUGGGCGCAAAGGAUACGCAUAGCACAACGAGCUUUACCGUCCAUCUUGAGUUUGAUUGGGCUGAAUGCAUCCGCGUUGUCGAAAAAUGUAGCCGGGAAUUGGCCAAUUGUUGCGGGAGUAUUGGCGGGUGGUAAAUAUCCAAGUUUGAUGGACGGUUUGGAUGUGGCUAGUGGUCAACAAAUUCCUGCCUUUGCGGAAUGGGAAAUGAUCGCUGCGAAGAUGAUAUAUUGGUAUAUUGUACCUGCUUUACAAUUUGGAUUGGCAAUUGCCAUCGUGGAUACCUGGCAAUACUUUUUGCACAGAGCGAUGCACAUGAAUAAGUGGUUGUACACAACUUUCCACUCACGCCAUCAUCGUCUCUAUGUCCCAUAUGCCUAUGGUGCCCUAUACAAUCAUCCCGUUGAAGGCUUUCUUCUCGACACUCUCGGCGCAUCAAUGGGCUACAAAAUUGCUGGCAUGACAUCCCGUCAAGGAAUGGCAUUUUUCGUUGCCUCAACUAUUAAAACGGUGGAUGACCAUUGUGGAUAUGCACUUCCGUGGGAUCCCCUUCAACAUAUCACAAGCAAUAAUGCAGGAUACCAUGAUAUUCAUCAUCAAAGUUGGGGAAUCAAAACCAAUUUCAGUCAACCCUUCUUUACAUUUUGGGAUAGAUUAUUAGGAACAGUCUGGGUUGGUGAUACCACGGGAAGAUACGAAAGAGGUAGAAAGGCAGCGGAGGUAUUGGUGGAAGCGGAUAAUGUUAAGGUUGGGGAGAAGGAGUUGUAAUUCUCGGGGUAUGGUUAGGUGCUAGAAUGUACGUUACGACUACCACCACAAGCAGAUCUGCGAUGAGCACUUGGGAUUCUUCUUUUUCAACAACGAUAACUUUUUCAUGUAUUGAUUGGAAAUUUGGGAAUCAUACUUUUGGGGAACCAAUUUUUAUAGGGAAAGGAGCUGGCGUUUUUUCAUGUUGAGAGAAGGGGGAGGUGUAUAUUAUGAGACCUUGACAAGAGGCUGAUGAAGUGGCUUGACCGAGUCAAGGAAAUGAGGGCGAAGAUGAGAAUUACACUCAGUUCAAGUGGAAGUGUCUAUUCUAUUCAAAGUGAGCAGAGAAGGAAGGGUAUUGGGUAUGGAUGCACGAUGAGAAGGAAAAGCACGGACAUAAUCUUAACCUACGCUCACUUACUUUCAAAGAUGAAGUGAAGAAGAAAUGGAUAGAGAAUUAGCAGGAUGGAGAAGGCGUAUGUAUGUUUGGGAUCGGAUUGGGAUGGGGAUGGAAUUGCAGAUGGAGAUGGAGAUGAAAGGAUACGUAUGAUACGAUUAAUAGUAAUAUUACAACACUUCUAUUCUAUUCUUGUUACAUUACUUUUAUGGCCA